GCCACACUAUUCGUUGUUGUUUGAAAUAGAGCAGACGUGCGGCCGUUGCGCACUUUCUGCCGAAAGAAAAUCCAGUAAAUGAGCAGGAAAUCCGGAGCAAAUUGUAGUUUAUCGAGUGCGGCACAAUUUUUGCAACGCGUACGCACUUCUUUUUUGCCCGGAUGCCUAGCAGAAAUGUGGAUAUUUUGUGAUUAAAAUUCUCCCCGUCUGAGAUGUCUCAAACAUGAAUGAAGGUAAUUCAGCAGGAGGGGGGCAUGAAGGGCUCCGCCCGGCCCCUCCUGCUGUGUCAGACCGCGUAACUUCUCACUCUACGGAAAAAUCAGUUGCAACAAACCCCAAAUCCACGAACACAACAACAACAGCUAGCACAGCCGGAGCUGGAGCAGCAGCAGCAGGCGCAGCUCCCAGCGGCAGCAGAGCAGCAGCUUUGCCGGCUUCGCGCCAUCAGCACCAUCACCAUCCGCCCCAAGGAAAGGGAGUCGCCAGCAGUAGCAAGCAUCAGCACCAGCACCAGCAGCAGAAGCAGCUGCCCAGUGCGCAGCUGCCUGUGCCGCUGUCGCCCUUGCCGCCACAACAGCAAACGACAGAGGCAACGGCAGCCACGCCAGCAGCAGCACUGCCCGCCCACUUCCACUCCACUUCUACAAGUUUAAAUUCUGCCUCCACCACCACCAACAUCAUAGAAUCCUCCGUAUCGCCGCCGCAGGCCAAGCGUCAGCGUUUGGACAACGAGACAAGCAUCGUUGGGAGCGCCAGCAGCAGCAAUAUUGUAGGCUCUCUGUUGCCGGCAUCGGUGGCUGCCAGUAGCGAGGUCGGCGGGGUUUCAUCCACAGCCCUGCAGGACCUGAAUGCGCUUAAGAAGCGCAUACUGCAGCAGAAGUUACAGAUUUUGCGUAAUCUUAAGGAAAGGCAUCUUGAAAAUGUGUCGGAAUACUUUUAUCUACAAAACGGCGGCAGUAUGAUGGACUACCCUGCGUGGCGCAAGAAGACACCAACCCCGCAGUUCAUCAGCUACAGCAACGCGAAUCGUAUAGAUCAGCUGGUACACGAGGAUAAGCCCAGCACAUCGGCAGCAGCAGCAGCUGCAGCCCAAAAUCAACCUACUAGGAGUAGUACGCUACAGCAAGUCUCUGUGGAGGCGACGACAGUGGUCAGCACAGGAGCGUCCACAUUGGAUGGAAGCAGUGGCAGUAACACACUGAAAACGAAUACGCAAUCUCAAGUGCCAAGCAAGAUUGGCAGCAGCACAGCCUCACAGUCACCCGCAGCAACAGUCAGCAACGCAAACAGCAGCAGUACAGCAGUCCUAAGUGCUACUACUACUGGUAGUGCCACCGUCACCAGCACAGCUGGUGGUAAUCCGGUUGAGGCGAGCGGUAAUGUGCUGCCACCGGAGGCCGAAAUCAAAAUCCCAGCCGUUGGGGCCACACCCGUGGCCAUUUCAACGAAGCUACCCGCCGCCGUUGUCCAGCUAACGCAGCAAGGUCACAUACCCGGUAGACCUUUAGGAGGUCGUCACGGUAUGGUCUUUGGUCAAAUACCCGCUCCUCCUGCUGCCGUAGGAAAUCCUUCUGUACCUUUGGUGCCAGGUGGCACUCCGCUGUUACCCUGCAGUACAUCUGUGGGUUCGACGGCGACGCUGCGUCGCAACCAGGGACAAAACAAUGCCUCAAGCGGCGGAUCUACGGCAUCCGGAGGAGCAGGCACUCCCACGCUCUACACGGGCAAUGGCCCGGCAGCAGCUUUGGGUGGUAGCGGUGCUCUCACACCGGGAACACCAACAUCGGGUAGCCUGCUCAGUCCGGCGUUGGCGCCUGGCUCUGGAACGCCGAACAGCGCUGCCCAGGAGUUUUCGUUCAAGGCCAAGCAGGAGGUGUAUGUAAUGCAGCGCAUAUCGGAAUUACAGCGAGAGGGAUUAUGGACUGAACGGCGCCUGCCCAAGCUGCAGGAGCCCAUCCGCCCCAAGGCGCACUGGGACUACCUCCUCGAGGAGAUGGUCUGGCUGGCGGCGGACUUUGCGCAGGAGCGCAAAUGGAAAAAGAAUGCGGCCAAGAAGUGUGCCAAAAUGGUGCAAAAGUAUUUCCAGGACAAGGCCACCGCCGCCCAACGUGCGGAAAAGGCCCAAGAACUACAGCUUAAGCGAGUCGCCUCCUUCAUAGCGCGCGAGGUGAAGAGCUUUUGGUCGAAUGUUGAGAAACUGGUGGAGUACAAGCACCAGACGAAGAUCGAGGAGAAGCGCAAGCAAGCGCUGGACCAGCAUCUCAGCUUCAUAGUCGAUCAGACGGAGAAAUUCUCGCAACAGCUGGCCGAGGGCAUGAACAAGAGUAUGGCGGAUACGCCUAGUCUCAAUUCCAGUCGUCUGACAUCGCCCAAGCGGGAAUCCGAUGACGAGUUUCGGCCAGAAUCUGGCUCCGAAGACGACGAGGAGACCAUUGCCAAGGCCGAAGAAGAUGCAGCCGAUGUCAAGGAGGAGGUUAAGGCCUUGGCCAAGGAGUCAGAAAUGGACUUUGAUGACUUUCUCAAUGACCUGCCACCUGGUUAUCUGGAGAAUCGUGAUAAACUCAUGAAGGAGGAGGAGCAAAGUUCGGCGAUAAAGACCGAAGCUGAUGACAGCGACGACAGUGAGUUCGAGGCGAAAGAGGCCAGCGAUGACGAUGAAAAUACCAUCAGCAAGCAGGAAGAGGCAGAGCAGGAGAUUGACCACAAGAAGGAGAUCGAUGAGUUGGAGGCUGACAAUGAUUUGUCGGUGGAACAGCUGUUGGCCAAGUACAAAUCGGGCAGAAUCAGUGACCAGCCGCCCAGCGCCAAGCGUCGGAAAGUGGAGCUAGACUCGGAUGAUGAUUCGACAGCCGUUGAUGAUUCCUCCUCCGAUGAAAGCGGCGUAGAUGCUUCCGACGAUGAAGAUCUUUCGACUAUCUUAACUGACACUGAAGUUGAGGAGCCAGAGGACCAGGAGGCUGGCCUUAAGAGCCUGAUGACAGAUGCAGUUGCCUCGGGAACUGGUUCUACCACGGCCACUGGAGGCGCUAACAAGGACGACAUGCUCAACGAUGCCGCCGCCCUGGCUGAGAGUCUGCAGCCCAAGGGAAACACCCUGUUAACCACGAAUGUGGUGACGCCAGUGCCUUUCCUGCUGAAGCACUCGCUGCGUGAGUACCAGCACAUUGGACUCGACUGGCUGGUGACUAUGAACGAGCGCAAGCUGAACGGCAUCCUGGCCGACGAGAUGGGUCUGGGCAAGACCAUCCAAACUAUCGCCCUGCUGGCUCACCUCGCCUGCGCCAGGGGCAACUGGGGACCGCAUCUCAUUGUGGUGCCCUCGUCUGUGAUGCUCAACUGGGAGAUGGAAUUCAAGAAGUGGUGUCCCGGCUUUAAAAUACUCACGUACUACGGCUCGCAGAAGGAGCGGAAGCUGAAGCGCGUCGGCUGGACCAAGCCGAAUGCCUUCCAUGUCUGCAUCACAUCCUAUAAGCUGGUGGUACAGGAUCAGCAGAGUUUCCGCCGUAAAAAGUGGAAGUACCUGAUCCUGGACGAGGCCCAAAAUAUCAAGAACUUCAAGUCGCAGCGCUGGCAACUGUUGCUCAACUUUUCCACCGAGAGACGUCUACUCUUGACGGGAACACCGCUGCAGAAUGACCUGAUGGAGCUGUGGUCAUUGAUGCAUUUCCUCAUGCCUUAUGUCUUCUCGUCGCAUCGCGAGUUCAAAGAGUGGUUCUCCAACCCGAUGACGGGCAUGAUCGAAGGCAACAUGGAGUACAACGAGACUCUGAUUACUAGAUUGCACAAGGUGAUUCGUCCCUUCCUACUCCGACGCCUCAAGAAGGAGGUGGAGAAGCAAAUGCCAAAGAAGUACGAGCAUGUGGUCAUGUGCCGACUUUCCAAUCGCCAGCGCUAUCUGUACGAAGAUUUCAUGAGUCGCGCCAAUACCCGAGAAACUCUGCAAACUGGCAAUUUGCUAAGCGUGAUCAAUGUCCUGAUGCAGUUGCGCAAGGUGUGCAAUCACCCGAACAUGUUUGAGGUGCGUCCCACCAUCUCGCCGUUCCAAAUGGAGGGUAUUUCAUUCCACACACCGCGUCUAGUCUGCGACAUAAUGGAGUAUGAUCCGUUCACGCAAAUCAACCUGGAAACUGUGAACCUAUUGUUGUUGCAUCUGGAGCAAACCGUGACCGCCUAUGUAUCGCACAAAUCCCGCCUGCUAGCCCCGCCUCGGAAGCUGAUCGAGGAAAUCGACACAGCUCCCCAGCCGCCGCCACGCUGUCCCAACGGCAAAUACCGCUUCCACAUUCGUGUACGCAGUGCAGAGUUGGCGCAGCGCAUAAAAUUAAACGCAGUGAAAGUUGGGGCCAGUCCCGCCAUGCGCAUGGAGGGCACAAAGAUUGUGCCCAUGCGUAAUUUGGUGCCCAGCGGAAAAGUCCUUAAGCGCGUCAGUGGCAGUAUUAAUCCUGUGAAUAUGGCUCUGAAACCGGUGGUAAUCAACAGCGUGGUGACAACAUCAGCAGCAUCCUCUACAACGGUAGCCUCAUCGCCCUCGGGGGCUUUGAAUGUCUUGGGUAAUUCCAAGUUGCUUGGAGCAAGGCCGCAAAUUAUGAAUGCACCCACGCCCGCCAAAGUGGCCAAGACAAUGCAAGAUGGCAAACCCUUUUUCUACCUCACACCGGCCACGAAUUCAGGGGCAGCUGGAGCCCGUUUGACGCUGACUAGCAAAACCACGGCAGCAUCUAGUUCCGGAACAACUCUGACAGCAGCACCUAGCACAGCGCAGCAACUAAUUAGGGAACCCAUUGUCCGGGAUCUGGCUACGCAUGUAAAGAGCACGGCGCAGAAGCAGCAGAGCAUUGCCAAUGGCAAAGCCGAAACCGAAGAGGAAGAGACCGAGGCGGAGGAGGAUCCCUACAAGGUGCAGGAGCUAAUUCAGAUGCGUAAGGAGCAGCGAUUGGCCUCGCUCAAACGUAUGGCCAUGAUGAAUCGUCGCCGUACCGAUGCCACGCCCAUCUACGGCUCGGAUUGCCGAGGUGCCAUAGAGCGUUGUAUGCAUGCAACGCGUUCGCUGAAGCGAUCCACCUGGCAGACGCGAGGCUAUGCCAACUGCUGCACGGCAAUGGUGCACCGUGAUGGCUGGUCACUUAAUCACCUGCUCAGAAGCUACGAGCAGAGGUGUGCUGACCUAAAGCCACUCUUUGCCAACUUUGUGAUCUAUGUUCCUUCGGUGUGUGCACCGCGUAUCCGACGCUAUGUGCAGAAUCUUUCAUCGACGCACUGGCAGACCGAGCGGGAGAUUGAAGACAAGGUGGGUCAGGCGCUGCUGCCCAAGUUAGGGCUGCUACAUCCCAUUAUCUCGGCGAUGACCACUCAAUUCCCAGAUCCGCGUCUUAUCCAAUAUGACUGCGGCAAGCUGCAGACGAUGGAUCGGUUGUUGCGCCAGUUGAAGGCCGAUGGUCAUCGGGUGCUGAUAUUCACCCAGAUGACCAAGAUGCUAGACGUCCUGGAGGCCUUCCUCAACUUCCAUGGCCACAUAUAUCUAAGGUUGGAUGGUUCUACGAGGGUUGAGCAACGACAGAUCCUGAUGGAGCGCUUCAAUGGCGAUAAACGCAUAUUCUGCUUUAUUCUUUCCACGCGAUCCGGCGGAGUGGGCAUCAACUUGACGGGUGCCGAUACUGUGAUCUUUUACGAUUCGGACUGGAAUCCCACGAUGGAUGCUCAAGCCCAGGAUCGUUGCCAUAGAAUCGGACAGACCCGCGACGUACACAUCUAUCGUUUGGUCUCGGAAAAGACCAUCGAGGUGAACAUUCUAAAGAAGGCCAACCAAAAGCGCAUGCUCAGCGACAUGGCCAUCGAGGGGGGUAACUUUACCACCACAUAUUUCAAAAGCUCCACCAUCAAGGAUCUCUUUGCCAUGGAUCAGAACGAGCAGGACGAGACAAGUCAGGAGAAACAGGAGGAGAAAGAUAAGGCUGUGGCCACAACUACUACGGCAACGACAACCACUGGUCAAGGGGACUCGGAGAAGCAGUCGCUGCGCGCCUUUGAGCAUGCUUUGGCGGCCGCCGAGGAUGAGCAGGAUGUUCAGGCCACCAAAACGGCCAAAGCUGAGGUGGCCGCCGAUCUGGCCGAGUUUGACGAGAACAUUCCCAUUGCCGCGGAUGAAACCAAUGCGGACGGGACUCUGGUGGAACUCAGCAAGGCCGAUCUGGAGAUGCAGAAUCUGGUUAAGCAGCUCUCACCUAUUGAGCGUUAUGCCAUGCGCUUUGUGGAAGCCACUGGAGCGGCUUGGACGGCGGAACAGAUGCGUGCCGCGGAGGCUGAACUGGAGGCGCAGAAACGUGAAUGGGAGGCCAAUCGGUUGGCGGCCAUGCACAAGGAGGAGGAGCUGCUCAAGCAGGAAACGGAGGCCGAGGAGCUGCUCACCUACAGUCGCAAGGAUUCGAGCAAUCAGGUCUGGAUAUCGCGCAAUUCCAUGGAACAGAUGCCGAUGUGGUGUCCGCCCACGCCGCCGCAGGAUAACGACAACGAUAUCUAUAUCGAUUACUCGCUCUCGUUUAUGUACGAGCUGGAUCCCAUUUCCGAGUCGGAUCUGCCGCCAGUCUAUGUCCGCAAGGAGCACAAGCGUUCGCGCACGGAUGCCGGUUAUGAUGGCAGCCGGCGCCCGAAUAAGAUGCGUCGCGAGGACAACUAUGUGCCGCCCAGGUCUCUGUUCGAUCGGCCCACACCGCAGCUGGCACGUUUGCGUCGGGAGCUGAAGAGCCAGCGUUUCCGUGGCAGCUUCAAGCCUAAUUCGCCAAUUCCUGGCCUGAAGCCGCAACUGCCGGCCAAUAAGCCCCUGACCGAGCCAGAGGCCAUGGCUGAAUGGUGCAUCUUCGAGGACAUUGCCAUUCUGCAUGUCCUGGUGAAUCUUCAAGGAUUGCCCUGCAGCCUAAUGCUACUCUCGCCGGGACAGACGCCCAAUUGGGAUCUGGUCUCCGAGAUGGUAAACUUUUGCUCCAAAACCUAUCGUUCGGCGCGACAGUGCCGCUGGCGCUAUGAGACCCACAUCCAGCCCCGGGAGGAGGGCAAGGUGGUGGAGAGCCCUAAAAAGCAGAAGAAGCUCAAGCCGACCCUGCGCACCGAGUACCUGAAGAGCCCGCUGCGCUAUCUGCGCACCACCCAGCUCUAUGCCAGUGACAACAACGCCUCCUUCUACAAGACCAUGCGCUCUCGCUUCGAUAGCAUCAAGACGGCGUACCUGAAGAAGGCACCGCCGCCAAAGCGUCAGUUUAGUGCUCCCAGCCUGAUGAAUCCCAAGCAUAUGGAGGUGCUGCAGGAGUUUGGCAUUCAGAACUAUGAUCAGCCAGUGUCGCCCCAAAAUAUUGCAGCCAUGAAGGCGAAUAAGAUUAGGGAGAAGCAGCGAGGACAGCAGCAGUUGCCACCGCCGUCGGUGGGUCAACAGGUGCAGCAGGUACAACAGCAGCAGCAGCCGGCACCUCCUCCUCCUCCUCCCCAGCAGCAACAACAACAACAACAGCAGCAGCCACAACAAGUGGUGGUGCAACAACAGCAACAAGUGCAGGUGCAACAACAGUUACCCACUGUCUCCAACGUCCAACAACAAACCCUGCCCGUUCAGCAAUCCGUGGAACUUGUCCAGCAGCAACAACCCACGGCCACCACCACAACGGUGGCUGUGCCUUCCGCCGGUGGCCAGUUGCAGCAGCUUCAGAUCCAACACUUGACCGGAGCCAAUGUCACCGGCCAGCAGACAGCCAUUCUCCUGCAUCAGCCACAGCAGCAGCUGAGGACGCAUCCCGGCCAGCAGGGACAGACCACCACCCAGCAGCUGGUCAAAACCAUUGUGGGUACAUCCUCCAGCCUGACAGCGGGUCAGUUCCAGCAGCUGGCCCAGCAGUCGGUGCAGUCCGGUUCCGGUCAGUCCAGUGUCAGCGUGGUGCUAACCACUCCCGUUCAGACCCUGCCGGCAGUGGUUCAACCCCAAACAGGAGCCGCCCAGAUUGUGUCCAUCUCCUCGCAGGGCACACUGCCAGUGAACACUCAGUCGCCGCAGCUGGGCAGCAUUGUGCAGACGCAGUCGCUGCCUCAGGUGGUGUCCGUGAGCACUCUGCCCACUGUGGGCACUGUGCUGACCACCACUGCCAGUGGCCAGCAGGUGCAGCAGCAGCAGACCACGGCUGUGACCACUCUAAACACGGCCAUGCUGCGGGGUCAGCGGAUUGUGUCCUCGGUGGCGGGGAAUACUCUCCAGCAGCGUACCACAGCCGGUGGUCAGUCCAUUGUCUCCAUGCCUACAUUAGGACAGGGCGUAAGUCCCGCCCAGUUCCAAACCCAACUCCGUUUGGCCGCAGUUCCCUCGUCGUCGGCGGGUCAUCAUCAGACCACCCAGCUGGUAACCACCAAGGGUAUUCCGGUGAGUGCGCUACAACAGGGUGGGAAGACGACGGUAAUACCGGGUGGAACUCAGCAAGCGGGCGGAGCGCAUAUCCAACUAUAUCGCCAGCGCAGCCUGAAGGUGCUGCAAACCACACAAACAGCCACGAUAGGAGGAGUGGCAGGUGGUUCUGCCGGAACCACCACUAAUCUGGUGCAAGCCGGCGGCACCAUUAUUCAGACCAACAGCAUGGCCACGCAUGUGACUAGCCAGAAGGUGGCAACAGUGUCUGGAAUGCCUGGAACCUCCACCGCCGUGCAGGCGGGCAAUGUGGUUAGCAGCGUUCAGAUGCAUGGCCAGGCCCGGACGCAGUUCAUCAAGCAGAUGACGGCCGCGGGCAAGCAACAGCUGCAGCGUCAAGUGGUGUCCGCUGAUGGAACGACCACCACAACCACCGGGGCAGGUGAUAUGUUGCUGGUGAAGCGGCAUAACAUCUUGGCUGCCCAGAAGGCGCAGCAGGCAACGGGGGCUCUGUUCACCACGACCACAGCUGCCCAGCAGCAGCAACAACAGCAGCAGCAGGGUCAACUCCCAGUGGCUGGACAGCCGCAGCAGGUAACCCAGCAGCAGAUUGCCUCGCUGGUGAAGGCUUCAACGGCGGCAGCGGCCAGCGGGAGCAGUGUCAAUGCCGGUGGCGUUACUGUCUCAGCCACAGGACCCACCGUCCAGGCGGGCAGCGUAAAUAUGACGCUGCCUCAGCUGAAGCCGGGCAGUCAGAUUAAGGUCACUGUGCCCAAUCAGAUGCGACACUUGCAGAUGCAACAGCAGCUGACGAUGCCCCGAAAGAUAAGUCGAAUGACGCAGUUGGUCAGUGCCAGUGGACAGCCCACGGCCACUAAUAUAGUGGCUACGACGGGGCCACAACAGCAGCAGCAGCAGGGCGUGGCUGCGGGGACUCUGCCCACUGUUCAGGCCCAACAGCAGCAGCAGCAGCAACAACAACAGCAGCAGCAACAGCAGCAAAAAGCGGGAGGAGGCAGUGUCCAAGCUCAGCUGUUGCACAUCCAGAACACCAAGGCUUUACCCAACUCGGUGACUGUACAGCAGAUCCAGCAGGUGAUGCGGAGUGGCCAGCAGGGCACCUUGGCCACCACGAACCUGGUGCUGGGCAAGACCAGCGUGGGAAGGGUGAUUCCUGUUUCGCAACCCAACCAGCGGCAGACCAUUCAGGUUGUUUCUGCCGCCUCCGCCCAAGCCCUGGCAGCGGGCAAUAUACGGACCCAUGUGGCCGGUCCAAAUAUAGCCAGUGCCUUGAAGGUGGCCGCCUCGGGAGGAGCUGGUGGCCAGACCACGCAGCAGACACUGAUAGCUGCACUGCAGCAUAAUCAGCGGCAAAAUGCCAGUCCUGUACGCUUGCAAACUACGGCAGGUGGUAAUCUAUUGGCGGUUGUGCAGCAGCAGCAGCAGCAACAGCAGCACACGAGCAUAGCAGGACCCACAGCUGGACCUGCUGAGGUGAUGACCAUAACACAGACCACCACAGCGUUGCCCACAGUAAGCAGCCUGCAGCAGCAACAGCAGCAGCAGCAACAACAAGGUGGCGGCGUGUCACAACCCACAACACAACAGGUACGGAAGUUGGUGCAGAAAAAGAUCAUGAUACGCAGCGAGAAAGAAUAACGUAUGGGCAGGGCCGCCAGACCACGUCAUCAACGGCGGAGCAUCUCGAGCCUCAUUUCCACAGCCACCAACUCAGACUCGAAUCCAAAAACCACCACCACAACCGCCACUAUCGCCACCGCCACAAACUCAAUCUAAUCAAUCUGAUUCCGAUUUCAAGAUCAAACCAAUCUCAAAUAGCUCAUCCCAUGCCAAUCCUCAUGCAUUCAAUCAGUCAGCCAGUCAAUCAGUUAGUCAAUCAUUGCUAAAUUGAUCUCAAUUUCUGUCGAUUGGUUUUGCAGCCAUGAAUGAGCAAGAAGGCAACGCAGGAAACCGCUCUCUGAGAAUGAUGAGAGAGAGAGAGAGCGAUGCUGCCGCUGAAGACGACGAUCAUCAUCGAUCGCUCCUCAGGCAGCUCAAGGCAUGUGGCCGCCGUAUUAUUAAUCUUACAAGAUCCAUAGCCCUAAGUUAAUAUCUAAAUUUUAAAAUUGUAAAUCGUAGUUAAAGCUAAGGUCUCCGGCCCCUCAAUUCCCCACAGUGCAGUAUGUACAUUCGUAAAUCUAAUUCAGAUCUAUCAGAUACUACAUAGAUAUAUCCUUACUAUAUGAACAUACAAGUACUUUUAGACUUUUAAGUACUUACAAUUAACUUAGAUGCUUUAGUUUAAUUAAUGAAUAAAAAAUCAAAUAUAAUAUAAAAAAUGUAAAAACCAAAAAAAUCA